AUGGCAACAAUCAAUCAAGCUCGUCAGUCGAACGCCUCUCUCAAUGACUACCGACCCGACUACGUGGCCGUCUUCGUCGGCGCGACCAGCGGGAUCGGCGAGGCGACCACAAGAGAGCUAGCGACUGUCGUCAAGAAGCCCACCAUUUAUCUCAUCGGGCGUAACGAGACAACCGGAUCGAAAAUUAUCGACGAGCUCAAAGCCUCUAAUCCCGAGGGGUCAUUCCACUUCAUCCAGUCCGACGUGUCUCUACUAAGCAACGUCGACGAAGCAUGCUCGAAGAUCAAAGCCCACGAAAAGGCAGUCGACCUGCUAUUCUUGUCGACCGGACAUUUACACAUGUCCAAGGAGGAUACAAAAGAAGGCCUCGAAAACAACCACGCCCUCCGCUUCUACUCCCGCAUGCGCUUCAUCCACAACCUCCUUCCACUCCUCAGCGCCUCAACCGCCCCCGCCCGCGUGGUAAGCGUCCUCGGCCCCGGCACAGAAGGCCAAGUCGACGAAGCCAACUUCGACUUGAAAAAGUCCUGGUCCUUCCUCUCGUCCGCGAAAUACGCCGCCACCAUGAACUCCCUCGCGAUGGAGCACCUCGCCGCGCAACACCCCUCCAUCAGCUUCGUCCACGUCUUCCCGGGCAUUGUCCACACGGCUCUUCUCAACAAAUCUGUGGGUGGGAUUGUCGCGCCCGUGAUGAAAUUCUUCAGUCGGCCGUUUUCACUCACGGCCGAGCAGAGCGGUGUUUGGAAUACAUUUAUCUUGACGUCCGCGGCUUAUCCGCCUGCGCAGCCGAGGGAUGGCGGUAGGGUUGGAGCGCCGCUUGUGGAGGGCAUCAAAACGGCUUCCGCAUCAACGGGCAAGAUAGGCGGGGGGUCGUAUCUGGUGAACUAUAACGGGGCGGAUAAGACGCAGACGAAGCUUAUGGCGGAUUAUCGAGCGAGGGGGUUCCCUCAGAAGGUGUGGGAACAUACGCUGGAGACGUUCCAGCGAGUGCUGGAUCCUGCGAGUGCGUGA